UUCAGCCGCUCUCACUCGGUCCGACCAUGAAGAAGCUGCAGCUGCUCCUGCUCGUCGCAGCAGCCCUGAGUGCUGCCGGGAAGCCGGCGAGCAAGGCAGUGGGCGCCAACAAGCUGCUGCUGAUCUCUUUCGACGGCUUCAGGUGGGACUACGACCAGGACGUGGAGACACCGAACCUGGACCAGCUGGUGCUGGACGGGGUCAAGGCCAAAUACAUCACCCCCCCGAUGCUGACCAUGACCUCGCCGUCCCACUUCACCACCAUCACCGGUCGGUGGGUGGAGGACCACGAGGUCGUCCACAACAUGAUGUACGACACCAAGACCAACCUGAAGGUUUCCCACAAAAAGACCCUGACCAGGUCGGAGUGGUGGGACAACGGAGUCCUGCCGUUAUGGAUCACAGCUCAGAACCAGGGUCUGAAAACCGCUUCCUUCCACUUCCCAGGAGGGGGCGCCAACUACAGCGGUCAGGCGGUGAACCGGGUGCUGGUGGAGGAGUUCGACCACCCGGACGAUAACGAGACCGAGUGGCGUCAGAACGUUGACACGGUGCUGAGGUGGUUCUCUGAGGAGGACUUCCACCUGGUGACGCUGUACUACGGCGAGCCGGACAGCGUGGGCCACGCCAAGGGCCCGGAUACCGAGGACAGGAAGAAGAUCAUCCGACAGAUCGACCGCACCAUCGGCUAUUUGAGGGAGGCCAUUGAUCGGCAUUCCCUGACCGACAGCCUGAACGUCAUCAUCACCUCCGACCACGGCAUGACCACAGUCAAGAAGCGCCCCCUGGUGGAGGAGAUCAUCCUCAACAAGUACCUGAAUUUAAUCAAGCUCGCCAGCUUCGAGAUCCUGGACUACGGCGGGUUCGGCAUCCUGACGCCGCGGCCGGGGAAGGAGCAGGAGGUUUUUGAUUCUCUAUCCAAAGCACCCAAUCUGACGGUCUACCAUAAAGACCAGAUGCCCGACAGCUUCCAUCUUGGCAAGAGCGAGCGGCUGCCUCCCAUCGUGGUCGUCGCAGAUCUGGGAUUCAACCUGAACUCUAGAUUCAUCGUGUACGUCAACAAGGGCGAUCAUGGCUACCACAACGGGGAGAUGGACAUGAAGACCAUCUUCAGGGCGUUCGGUCCCGACUUCAGGAGGAACUUCGUGUCCGAGCCGUUCGACAGCGUCCACAUUUACCCUCUGAUGUGUAAACUGCUGCAGAUCCACCCGGCGCCUCACAACGGGUCCAUGAGGGUCACCGAGCCACUGCUGCUGCCCAGUGGUGGAUCCCAGCUCACAGCUCCAGUGUCUGUCACUCUGCUGCUGCUGGGCAUGUUCACUGUGCUGUAACAGGUUCAGGAUCAGGUCCAGGGUCAGGUCCAGGAUCAGAACCAGGAUCAGAACCAGGAUUAGAACCAGGUCCAGGAUCAGAUCUGCAGGUCCAGGAUCAGAACCAGGAUCAGAACCAGGAUUAGAACCAGAACCAGGAUCAGAUCUGCAGGUCCAGGAUCUAGAGGGCUUUAAUUUGUUAACCAUUAUGCUAGUGACAUCAUCAUAUCUAUCUGAAUUAUUAUUGGUUCAUGUUUAUAAUGUGUUUUUCUAUUUGAUUAAAUGAUUUCCUGGUUUAUUUGGACACGUUUCAGUCGAUAACAGAUCAGAUGGUAAAUAAAAAUCUGCAUCGCCCCCUGGUGGCUGGCUGCAGCAUCGCUCAUAAACCUCCUCCAUGUUAACAGGUGGGACAUGAACAAAACUAAGAAAUCAAAGUAGAUGUUAAAUAAAUGUUUCUGUCGUUUCAGUUCUUCUCUGAUGUUUGUUCCGGUUUCUGAUCAGUUUGGUUUGAAUCAGUUAUUUCAUAUAAAAACUAAACGUCAUGAUUGACAGCUGAGGUCGUCAGUUUGUACAUUAAAUUAUUAAUCCUUUUA